ACCAGACACAGGAAGGGAAAGAAUCAUGUGACACCUGCCCAGCAGGAUUCUUCUGUGAACCAUCCAGCAAAAGUUCUGGGACACAGACACCAAGGCUGUGCCCUAAAGGGCACUUCUGUCCACCCGGUACCAGCUUUGGUACAGAACAUCCAUGUCCCAGGGGUACAUCUGGACCCACGACUGGUGCCACUGCGGAAUCGGACUGUGAACCCUGCCCAGCAGGCAUGUAUUGUUCAUCUCUAGGACUGUCCCAGCCCUCGGGGCUUUGCCACUCGGGCUUUUAUUGCACCCAAGGAGCCAUCCACCCAGCCCCCAUCAGACACAAGAUGGAAUCUGCUGGCCCACCUCCGCGUGGAAAUGACAUCUGCCCUCCUGGGCAUUUCUGCCCCACUGGCACAAGCCAUCCUCUGCCCUGCCCUCCUGGAACCUAUUCCCCCUCCCUGGGCCUGGGGGCAGAGGAGCAGUGCCAGCCCUGCCCAGCAGGACGCUACUGCAGUCAGGCAGGGUUGUCUGAUCUGUCCCAGACAUCGCCGUGCAAUGCAGGGUAUGUUUGCCAUGAAGGAAACUCCGCCCCCUGCCCUUCUGAUGGGAUUCGUGGUUACAAAUGCCCAAGUGGCUUCCAUUGUCCUACAGGCACCAGGCAGGAAAUACCCUGUGAACCGGGAACGUUCAGCCCUAUGCCUGGAGCAAGCACCUGCCUCCCUUGCCCGGCUGGUAUGACCUGCAGACUUGCUGCCACUGUGGAGCCAGUCAGCUGCCCCAAAGGUUACUAUUGCCCUGCUCACACUGCCAUGCCCCUGCCAUGCCCUGAAGGUACCAUGAACACCCUGGAGGGGGCACUGUCUCCCACUGCAUGCAAACUGUGCCCAGUGGGGAGGUACUGCAGCGGGGACGGUAACUGGGAACCAGAUGGUGGUUCCUCCCCGGGCAGCUGUGUGCCAUGCUAUCCUGGGUUCUUCUGUGCCAGUAUCGGUCUGAGCUCACCUACAGGACCCUGUGCAGGGGGUUUCUACUGCCCAGCAAACUUCAGCUCCUUCAGCCCCACUGCAUUCCUCUGCCCCAAGGGUCAUUUCUGUUCCUCUGGGUCUGCCCAACCAACCCCCUGCCCCACAGGGGAAUACCAGCCCAACAGGGGUUCUGAGUCCUGCAUUCCUUGCCAACCAGGUUUCUACUGCCAAGAGGCAACUGCAGGAGACCCCCAGCCCUGCCCACCACACUCCUACUGCCCUGAAGGUGCACUGGUUCCUUCUCCGUGUCCUGAUGGCACGUUCACCCUUCCAGACAUGAUUGGCCUGAGGGAAGAGAGAGAAUGCCUGGCCUGUUCACCCGGUCACUACUGCAGGGGCGGGCGUUUGGAGGGGAAGUGUGCUGCUGGGCGAUGA